UCUUUUGCUACUACUAAAAACUCAUAAAAUGUAUCAUUCUAAUCAGUUGCCUUCCAUCCGUCCGUCCGAAACGUGUAAACAAAAUUCUUUUUCAGUGUAAGUUGACGUGUACCUACCACCUGUGUGUUCAAAAGUUUCAGAUCCACUUUUUGCAUAAAUAUGGCCAGUAAGUUCUUUUAUUUCGGUUUCGGUAGUAAUAUGCUGGCCAGUCGGAUUCACAUACAAAACCCCACUGCUAAAAGAAUUGGGGCCGGAAAACUAGAGAACUUCCGACUGGACUUUCACACAGCCUCGAAAACCUGGCUGGGGGCUCCCGCCACAAUCGUACCCACUCAAGGAUCCCAUGUCUACGGAUCCAUCUGGGAGAUUGAUAUGUGCAACCUCAAGGAUUUAGAUGAUCAGGAAGGUGUGUCCAAUGGCAUAUACAUUCCGAUAAGCGUUCCCGUUCAUUCCUUGACCACCGAUUCCAAUAUCACCUGUCGUGCCUAUCACCUGACAAACCAGCCCCAAUCAGAACUCCAUGCCGAUGGUGUCCAGGAAAAUAUUCCUCUCGAUCGUCAGCCCUCGAAAACAUAUCUUAAGGUCCUGGUUAAAGGAGCCAAGGAAACCGGGAUUCCGGAGGAGUAUAUCAAGUGGCUGAGGGGCAUUAGGCAUAAUGACAAACAGGCGCCGACUAUGGAGGCUAAACUUGAAUUGGACCAAGUGGAGCUAAGUUGAUU